AAACCAUUUGCCAUGGGCAUUGCACUCAUCAAUCAAUCAUACACUUUAUUUUAACAUGGCUCCCUCUGUCUCCAUUUCCAUUCUGGUAUUAGCAUUAUGGGUUCUUUGUAUAUUCACGCACUCCACAACUAUGGUUGUUGCAGCUAAGUCAUCAGCGCUAGAACUAGAAGCCAAGGCUCUGCUGGAGAGUGGGUGGUGGAGUAGUAACUACACCACCAAUGGUUCCUCCUUGAGUCAUUGCGCGUGGCCUGAAAUCAUAUGCAAUGAUGGCGGAAGCGUCACAUGGAUUCAAAUAUAUGGGGUCGAUCUGGGAGAUAAGUUCCGAAAACUCAACUUCUCAUCCUUCCCAAAUUUAGAAGGUCUUGAUCUUUAUAAUACUGGACUCCAAGGAAGCAUCCCGCCAGAGAUUGGUACUCUUUCUAAACUCACCUAUCUUUCUCUAUCCAUGAAUAAUCUCACAGGUAAUUUGCCUCUUUCACUGACAAACCUCACUCAAUUGGAGAUGUUUUCCAUUCACAAUAAUCUAUUCAGUGGUGAGUUUCCUCUUUUGCUUGCCAACCUCACUCAGUUAGAGACAUUUGACAUUUCUUCUAACCUAUUUAGUGGGUCCAUUCCUAAAGAAUUGGGAAAUUUAAAGAAUCUUUAUAGUUUAGAUUUGAGUAAUAACACACUCACCGGGCCAAUCCCUUCAACUCUUAGCCUUCUAACCGGUCUUUUUUAUUUGGAUCUGUCUUCUAAUGAAAUCAGCGGUUCUAUAGCUUCAGAAAUUAGAUUUCUAAAGCACCUAGAAUACUUGGACCUACAACAAAACAAGCUCACUGGUCCACUCCCUUCAUUUCUAUGGCAUCUAACCAAUUUGACCUAUUUGUCUCUUAAUUCGAACCAAAUCAAUGGUUCCAUUGCCGCAGAAAUCGGCAACAUGAAGAAUCUGGAAAAGUUGUACCUCAAUUAUAAUGACAUUGCUGGUCAAAUCCCUAUCACAAUUGGUCAUUUAACUAACUUGAGAACUUUGUCCCUUGCUUGGAACCAAAUUAGUGGCUCCAUCCCUGCAGAAAUAGCUAAUUGCAUUUUGUUGCGCAACUUAACUCUAAGCCACAACUACUUAACAGGAACCAUUUCCUUUGACAUGAGUAACCUUUAUUUGUUAGUAUAUUUAGAUCUCAGCUAUAAUAACCUUAGUGGUUUCAUUCCCCGAACUAUCAAUCAUUUAACUGUUUUGGAAACUCUGUCCCUCAAUUGGAAUCAAAUCAAUGGCUCCAUCCCCACUGAAAUAAUUGAUUGCCAGAGCUUGAGACACUUGUCAUUAAGCCACAACUCCUUAAGUGGUUACAUUCCCUUUCACAUUAGUGAUCUUCAUUUCUUAAAUGCUAUUGACCUUAGUCAUAACAACAUCAGCGGAGAUAUUCCAUUUGAACUUGGGGAUUCACCAUCUUUAGAGCUCUUGGAUUUUAGCUACAAUAAUCUUACCGGUAACAUUCCCAAUAUUUCUAUUUCAAUAAAAGAAAUAAACUUUUCAUACAAUUCAUUACAUGGUCAGAUCCCAAAUGGCUACUUAAAUUGUUCACCUUACACAUUUAUUGGCAACAAAGAUUUAUGCGGUGACAUCAAAGGUUUCCCUCCUUGCUUUCCAUCUUUCCUAAACAAUAACAAAUCAAUUGUCCACCUAAUAAAAAUUGUUGUUCCCCUCAGCUUUUUCCUUGUGGUUUUACUUGUUGGGUUUUUUUCCCUCUCUCGACGUGGGGAUAAGAAAACUAAAUAUGAGUCAAGUGAAACAAAGAAUGGUGACUUAUUUUCAAUAUGGAAUUAUGAUGGAAAAAUUGCAUAUGAAGACAUCAUCGAAGCAACAAAGGACUUUGACAUUAGCUGCUGCAUCGGGACAGGCGGUUAUGGUAGUGUUUACAAAGCACAAUUGCCUAGUGGUAAAGUAGUUGCCAUAAAGAAACUUCAUCGCUUGGAGGCUGAGAACCCAACAUUUGACAAGAGUUUCAAAAAUGAGAUCAAAAUGUUAGCAGCAAUCCGACAUCGAAAUAUUGUUAAACUUCUUGGCUACUGUUUGCAUUAUCGAUGCAUGUUUUUAAUCUAUGAGUAUAUGGAAAGGGGAAGCUUGUUUUCUGUCCUAAGCAAUGAUGUUGAGGCUGUGGAAUUUGAUUGGAUGAAGAGGAUGAACGUCAUCAAAAGUAUAGCACAUGCCUUAUGUUACAUGCAUCAUGAAUGUGUUCCAGCAAUUGUUCAUCGAGAUAUAACCAGCAACAAUAUACUAUUGAACUCUAAAUUGGAGGGUUUUGUCUCUGAUUUUGGCAUGGCUAAAUGUCUUGAUCCUAAUUCCUCCAAUCAAACUUUAGUUGCUGGGACUUAUGGUUAUCUUGCUCCAGAAUUGGCCUAUACUAUGGUGGUGACUGAAAAAUGUGAUGUUUAUAGCUUUGGAGUGGUGGCAUUAGAAAUAUUAACGGGAAGACAUCCAGGCGAGCUCAUGACAUCGUUUUCAACAUCACAAAGUGUGAUGUUAAAUGAAAUAUUAGACCAACGUCUCCCACCUCCAAACCGUUUGGUUGCAAAGGAUGUUUUUCUUGUUGCUGCAAUUUCAUUUGCUUGCUUACACACUAAACCAAAGUCCAGGCCGACAAUGAAAUGGGUGUCCCAAGAAUUUCUCUCUCAUAAGAAACCGGUAACGAACCCCUUACAUUCAGUUUCACUGUGGCAAUUAAGGAACCAAGAAAAUUAUACGAUUGGAGAGAGUGAAACUCAAUAAGGAAUGGAGAGAGUGAAACUCAAUAAGGAAGUGCUUGUUUUUUAGUUGAGAACCAUAUUGUUUGACGAACUUA